CAGAAUUCCUACAGUAACGAGUGGCAUAUUCGCUUGCCGGUAACGUUUUCUGCUUUUGGUUCUGCCCCGUACUCAGAACCCUAACAAGUUCUCAGCUAUGGUUCUGUGCCUUCGACAUGCCCUGGCUGUCUUUGUGACGUUGGUGGCUAUUCAUCAUGGCUUUACAUAUGUACCAAAGUCAAGACAUAAUCAAGAAUGGAAAAAGCUUAUAUUAACUCAUCACUGGCCAGCCACUGUAUGUGAGAUGGAUCACAGUCACUGUAAGAAUCCUCCAAAAUACUGGACAUUACAUGGAUUGUGGCCAGAUAAAGCCCAAAUGUGCAAUAAUUCUUGGCCGUUUGAAUACUCCGAAAUUCAGGAUAUUUUACCAGAGUUGAACCAUUACUGGCCUGAUAUUCUUCAUCCAAAUAAAUCUCAACUUUGGAAACAUGAGUGGCAAAAACAUGGAACUUGUGCUGCAUCUUUGGAGUGUCUGAAUACCCAACACAAAUACUUCAGCAAAGGCCUUGAACUAUACACAAAGGUGGACCUCAAUAGUGUACUUGAAAAAUCUGGCAUCGUACCAUCUACUAAAUAUUACCAGAUAAAAGACAUUGAAAAUGCAAUUAUAGGCUGUUUUGGAGUGGUGCCAAAGAUUCAGUGUGUUCCUCCACAUCAGGGUGAAAACGUGCAAACACUUGGCCAAAUAGAAAUUUGUUUCACUAAGGAGUUACAGCUGAGGAAUUGCACUGAGCCAGUGGACGAGAGCCUGCUUUCCCUGAAUGAUCCACUAAAUUGGUCAUACAAUGACGACCUUCAUGUUUGUGAUAACAGUACAAACACACUUUACCCUCCUGUUAAAGAACUAUAAAUAACAAGCUCGCAGUGCUUGGGGUGAAUGUGGGUACCACAAAUAAUUACAUGUGUAUAUGACUACCAGAAAAAAUAAAAAUAAGAGUGCUGUAGAUUCACUUUUAACUUUUAGGUUAAUGGCAUAGGGGUUGUUAAAACUUACCAAAAUAUAAAGUAAUUCAAAUCAAAACCCAUAAAAAGACAUUUAUAUCUUAUGGCACACAGGAGUUUUGACUAGCCCUGUACUUGUCAGUAUUAAUAUAGUCUUUCUUGAGUUUUUCUUGAGGGUUUACUCUUGAGAUGCUGUAUGGUGGCAUGUUGAUGCAUUUCACCAUGUUCUAUGUUUCCUGUACCCAAUGCACUGUGCAGAGCCACUGAAUACUGCAUGUUGCAUCUCUAAUGUGCUCUAUUAAGUUUAUGUGGUGGACCAACUCAUCAAAAAAACCACCGUACAGGAACGCAGGGCCCUCAGGCAGUGGCUCUGUGUUUGUUCUUGCAAAGCAGCUUUUGUUAUUUUUUCUUAGGCUGAUUUAGGCCGAUUUUCAGCCUGUGAAAAACAGAGGCAGAAAAGGAGCCCCUACACUGGCACCAGUUCAUUUGCCUGCACCCAAAACCAUUGCAUUGACCCAGGUAUAGGCACACACAGGGGAUAUCGGUGCUGAAAUCUGAGAGUUUGAAUUUCUCCUCUGAUAUCUGGCCUGUGUGUCUGCACCCGGCCUCACACAGUGGUUCCAGGUGCAGGCAAGACUAUAUCAGCCCCAUAUGGCAUCAGCCUUGUAUUUCUCUUUUCUUUAUUGAUCAGCCGCCUUUCUGUACCUAAUGUCUGACCAAAGAAUUCAUUUAAUUUAACAACAAAUCAGACCUAAAAAUGUAACAUGAGUUUUCUUUUUCCCUUUUAUUGAUUUUUUGCAGGUAAAGUGUAGUAGUCUAGCUUAAUCCUUAAAAAAAAAUAACACAUAGGUGCUUAAACAAUAUAAAACUUUACAUUUGAUAAUUAUUUUGCUAAACGGAAGAUUGUGGGAGCUGUCUUUUAGAGACUGUAAUUUAAAUCUUUAAAGUGAAACAAAAAAUUGUUUUUUUUGCAAUGUUCUCUUAAUCUGUAAGCAUUACACACACAUUACAUGUUCGGCUGCUGUAUGGGAAACUUUCAGUUCCUUUGAAGGGUAGCCAGGGGGUAAGUCCAAAGGGCCGUUUCUCCUCAUGUGUUUAUUAAUGGUGCAUGCAGUCCAUUAUCUACAUUUCUCCAGGAUUAUUAAAAAUCAGUCAGAUUAAAAGGGAAAUCUACAAACAGGGUUGCUGCAAUAAUUAAGCUGCAAAUGUAGCAAAAACUGUAGCUGCAAAUGUGCAAAUGUAGCACCAAGAAUAUGGUAAUACUUUCUUUUUCCAGCAUAUUUUAACAGUGCUGUUACAUAUAGUUUACAGGAAGGUAUAUUUACCAAAAUUCAAAUUUUUGAGGUUUCAAAUGACCUCACAAUUAAAAAAAACAAAAACUCAAAUGUUUGCUUAUUUAUUAAAAAAUCUGAUUACAAAAAACUCAGUUGAAUAAAAUAAUGAUUGAAUACCUGGAAUUUGCGUUUACAAGCUCAAAAAAUACUAGAAUUGAGUUUUAGAUUACCUCAUAAGCUUUAUGAUGCUGAAGUUUAACAUUCGAGUUUUUUGUGUUAAUAAAUACUGGAUUUGAAGUUCUAAUGUGAGUUUGUGAGUUUUAGCUGAUGAAAUCGCAGUAAAAAUUAAUAUAUGAACAUUGAUAAAUCUCCCCCUAGCGUCUAACAGUGUAUAUGUUUAUCUAUCUUUCUAACUCUAAAAAUAUAUUAAAAAAUCAUGUUAAAAUACGGCUACACUCACAUGCCUAGUGGGAGGUGUAUCCUUUAUAUGACUGUGGGGGGGGGGGGGCAGGUCAGGCAUGAGGUAAAUGCAAUAAAAAUAGUGAAACUAUUAUUAAGUACUUGUUAGGCUGCAUAAUCAUAAUAGAAUUUUACAUGUACAUGCUGAGAUAAAACCUUGGGUUGAUAGAGCUUUUUGUUUAAACCACGUGGCUGUGAUUCUGAGCAUUACUUUAUGCAGAAGGAAAGGUAAAAUCUAUAUUUUGAUUUUCUUUUUUUAAUCUCGGCAAACAAAAUCUUCAGCUCAGGGGUUUCCAAUGCUAAAAACUUGAUGAUUAUUGCUGUUAAUAAACUUGAUUCUUAUUGGGAUUUUUGGCAGAAUAAUGUAUGCUGCACUUACUUGAUCAUAUGAGGCUUAAAUACUGUGAUUGUUAAAAAUAAAUACAUCUCUAAUUCUUUGUUACAUAUGAGAGUAAAUUACAUGUUUCCUACUUGUAGUAAUAAUCGUAUGUGGUAAAUAAAAAUAUAGAACUAA